AUGGAUGCAAAAGGAAUGUUCGAGGUGUUUAAGUUAUACGGUUUGGUAUCAAAAGUAUUUAUCGCAACAAGGUUAGAUAAGAAGGGGAGGAGGUAUGAUUUUGUACGAUUUCGAAAGGUGAAUGACGAGAGGAUUUUGGCAGUAAAGCUGGAUAACAUUCAGAUUCAGGGGAGGAAGCUACAUACAAAUGUACCUAGAUUCCAAAGGACUACAUCGGUCAAGAAGGAUCAGGGAGGCCAUAAGGGAGGAUUUGGUGUUGCUGCUACUACGAUGAUUUGA